CCAUGAUGAUGGAGCAUCAUCAGGGGCAAGAACAAUAUCUCCUGGAUUCCUAUCGACAGCAUACAGACGAGUCCGUCCAUCAUGAGGAUUCCGCCGAGGCCAGAAAACAUGACUAGUCGACUUCAAGCGGCAUCGAAACAUCAAUGGUUGACUCUGCCCAGGCCUCUGCCCAGGCUUCUGUCCACCGAGACAGGUUGCUGCGACGUUCCUUUUUCCACACCAGAGCAACUCCCAACGACUGAAGACGAAGACGCCGAAGCGUCAGCAAUUAUCCCCGGAAACCACCCUAUCGAAGCCACCCACUUCUGGUGGUACUGGGAUUUUGCAGGCGCCGUAUUUGCCGUCAUUUGCAUGAUCCUCAUCGCCGUGACUCUCUCCAAAGCCAACGGAAGUCCGCUGGUCCGACCCCUCGAACAUCUCCAACUAUUUGACAACGCGAGCCGGGGCCCGUGGGGUUCGAUCCUGAUGAUACGACAUCUACUCGUUCAGUCGAAGCUGGCCUGCGCCCUAUCUCUGGCCACCAUUCUCAUGCUCGGCAUCUCCCCGAGCGCGCAGCAGAUCCUCGAAUACCCUACCUUAUACCAGGAACUCCAGCACCUUGAUGUUGCCAUUGGCAGGGCCGAUAAGUACUUCUCAAAGGGCUUUCGUCAACUACCCUUUCAGACUAGGCAAAAUAGAGAUCCGAACGAAGAUCUACCGGCAUUUCAAAGCAAAGUUCUUCAAGCCCUUGCAGGUACCUCAUCUCAACCGCAGUUUCUCUGCCCGCCGGCAGCGAAUCGCUGCAGUUGGGGCGAGUUUAGCACGCCGGCCGUGUGUCGAGCCUUUCGCAACGUGACGGAGCAGACCAUUCGAAACUGCGACGAUCCGGGCUCGCCACUGCAUGCACUGGUCUCAUCUAUGCUUAACACAAUCUUCCUGCCCUUCAAGAACCAAGACGGUUGGAUCGGGCAGUUCAUCGUCCUCCGACACCCAGGUAAGAAGUGGGAAGACAAGGGCGAGUGGUUUUCCCCGAGCAAUCCUACCACGCCGGAAGUCCUCGACACGGACUUCAGGCGGUGUCGAAAGACUUACCGGGGCGUGAAUGCCACAAAUGGCGUGAUCGAGAUCCGCGACGAGAACGUCGCCGAGUCCUUUCUUCAGUUCCAUGAGAGGAUAGACACUGACAAGGACAACCCCUACGACGUUGACGUCUUCGAGACGUUGGACGGGGGAGACAGAUACGAGUUCACGAGGACAUUGGCGUCCGAAUUGCCCAGUUAUCUGGAGAACUUUAAGGUGGUCCUCAUGGAUCAAGCGCGUAGCAGCGACCCAGGGGACGACCGCAACGCGACGACGUUUAUGCAGGGGCAGCAAUUCGGCAGUAUGACCUUUAUACGAGUGCGGUGGGCGUGGUUCGCCGUUCCCGUGGCAGCAGUGGUGCUGGGGCUGGGCUUGUUCUUGACGACUGUCGUCUUGACCAGGCAGACGCCGUUGCUGAAGGAUUCUCUUCUCGCUCUGUUGUUUUAUCCUCUGAGAGACUGGGAGCAAGAUGAAAUCUAUGUGGAGGGAGCGCAGGCGAGCGAGAAGCCACAGAAGCUUGCGGGAAGCCUGCAUGGGAGGCUUGAGACUGAUGAGGGUCGUUACAGGAUUGUCAAGCAAGAGAAUGUUGCCAAAGAUGAACCGAAAGGGGAUUUCAGUUGCGGAGAGCAGCAGGGAGCGUGA